UGCUGAAUAAAAGAGGUAUGCUUGUUUUUUCUUUCUUAUCAAGGAACUUGAAGGGAAAAGUCUGUCAAGAUGUCGCAGGGCGGCGGCGCAUCGGGUGGUCCCAAGAAGGGCCUGACGCUCGAUGACCUCAUUGCGGCCAUUGAGCGGCAUGAAAGGAACCCGAGCAAUAUCCCUAAAGUCGAUACCUUCCAUUUUUGUGGGGAGAGAGUCUCAGAGUGGCUGGAACUGGUGGAACAAGCUCUGGUUGGGCGGUCGGACGUUGUAAAGUUUCAACGCAUUCUUCAGUAUGUCCUCCACAUCUACUACCAGGAAGUGAAGAAAGUCAUAGAUGCGGCUCAAGGUAGCUGGGAGAGGUUCAAGGAGGGGAUGCAGAGGAAAUACCACCUGAGAGAUGGGUUAUUGACUACCGCGGACCUUGAGGCGAUGAACAAAGAGGAUUUUACGACGAUAGGGGUCUUUGUUCAAGAAUUUAAGAAGAGGGCGCAAAAGGUCCAUGGGAUUUCGAAGGGAGCACAGUGCGCCAUCUUCCUGGGGCAACUCACGGAAUCGGAGGCCGUCGAGUUGACGAGGCAUGGAGGAGGUAGCACCAAGCUCACCUGGGCCACCAUUGACAGAGGGGUGGAAGUUGGGUGUUUGAACCAGGUGGAGCAACGUCAGGUACGCUUGCAAAGGCAGAAGAGAAAGGAAAGAGAUGCCACCGCUUCUGGGACCCCGGGGGUAACAAGGAUUGUUACAGACGUAUUGGCACAGCAGGGGUAUGCGACAGAGCCGGUGGUGCAAGGAAGGGUAGUGACGGCUGUCCGAGUGAAAGGAAAGGAGCCGGUGAUAGAGGAGGCUGUUCAAGAAGAACUCUGGGAAGAGGAAGAGCCGGUGCCGGAGCACCUGACAAAGGCCCAGCGCAAAGUGCGUAACUUGGCGCAGGGCGGUCAGGAAGCAGGAAAAGCGCAGGAGCCCCAGGCUUUGACAACAACCCCUUCAAAUGUAGCGGCUCCGUCAUUUAACGAGAGGAGCGGGCUGAUUUCCUCCACUAUGGAUGGGAACAUCUACGAUCAGUUUGGGGAGGCCAUUGAUAGAAGGCUUAGAGGAGUGAGGGCGGAAGCCCAACGAAGGGCGGCAGCUGGGCCGCCACCCCCUGCCAUGUUCAGGCUAUGGCAGGAGAAGGAAGGACCAUCGGUGGAGAUAGAGGAAUUCAGGUUAUGGCAGGAAAAGGAGAAACCACCGAUUGGGGKAGAGGAAGUGAGGAGCGAUGAGGAAGUGACUCAAGGGCUACGAGGAGGAAGUAAGAAGGAGGAGCCCAUAAUCAUUGAGUCAAAUGACGAGAAUGAGGAAGAAAGAAUGAAACCUUCGUCCGUCUUGUUGGGGAAAGUAAAGGACCAGCUGGAUAAGAUAGGGAGGUACCAACAGAAGUUGGUGGGCCUCUGUGAGGAAGUGAGGAAAUGGAAGUCCAACAUCCCCAAGGUGUUCCUCCACGACUCUGGUCCGGAGUCAGCGCCUGGGCGACCCAGAGUAAAUGUGGUGGGGUCGUGCCUACAAUCAGGAAUGAUGGGAAGACCCCUCACUCCGCAGGCGUGGCUGGCACAGGCAGCACGAACGAGAAAUCAAGCCAAAGCCAGCGCCAGCCAAAAACCUCCAAGGGGGGAGCCUGAGCUAGGAAAAAGAAGAGAGGCCGUGGAAGUGGAGGAUGACGACAAUGAGGAGGAAGAGGACGAGAGGCUUCGCAGGGAGGAGGAUCAGAGAGCGGAGCAGCAGGCAAGGAAAAAGGGAGCCAGGGAAGAGGUCGAGCCGGUUGUGCGUGACGGACCGCUCAAAAGGAAGAAGUAUGCGGUUCGGUUGGAGGAGGGGUUUGACGUGGAGAAAGUGAUCGACCGGCUGCUGGAAGGGCAUAACGAUCUCAUGACCCUGAAGGAGAUCCUGGCGUCGGCCCCGCGACUCCGCGAUGAACAGAAGGGGAGAUUGUCGCGGCGCCUGGUGCCCAAUGUCCAUCUGGGUACGAUCCUGCCCAGGGAGGUAGAGUGGGCGAAGUCAGGCACGAAGAUGGAUUGGAAGUGCGUGGCCUGCGGCACAGUGGAUUUAGUGGUAAAAGGCUCCAAGUCUGCAGCAAUGGUGGACACCGGGGCGGAAAUGAACAUCAUCCGGGAGGCGGACGCGAUCAGAUUCGGGAUGGAUAUACACCAUGCGCGGCCGACUGCCUUAGGGGGAGUUCUAAUUCAGGCAGACAUGGAAGGAAAGCAAAGACCCUUGCGAUUUGAGAGUCGGACUCUCUGUACGACGGAGAGGAACUACUCUCAGUUCAAAAAAGAGACCCUUGCCGUCCUCCAUUGUCUGCGAAUCUUUCGGAACUACAUCUUCGACAGGAGGUUUAUUUUGAGAGUGGAUCCGACCUCCCUGACCUACUCUCUAAGGAAUUACGUUCCAUUGGAUCCGACGGUUGCCAGAUGGCUGACGUACAUCUGGAUGUUCAACUUCGAAUUGGAAUGGAUUCCUGGUAGUAAGAACCGGGCGGACGGGCUGAGUCGGAUCAACUGGGAUAAACAGGAAGGGGAGGCGGUGGAGAAUACGCCCCCAGUUGACGGAUUUCUGGAUCAAGAAGAAGAUGUUCGUCUCCAUAUCAACAAGUGGUCGCCGCGAGUGCCCAGUUGUGUAGGCUAUCCUAUCUGGCAAGCGCCGAAUGGGUAUGAAAGGAGGGCCGAGCUAGUCCUCAAACCUUUUGAAGAAGAGGAUCCUUGGGGUGGUAAAGAUGUUCAGUGGAUGAUGGAGUUAGCGCUGACAAGCUCACAUAGCCUAGUGGAGGAUAUGAGGACGAUUAUGGAAGGGCCUGGCCAGGUAGAACGGCAUGGGGACCUGAUGGGAGGAAUGUAUCUCCUCAUCAACACGUUAUUGCAGGAAAGCCUCGACCAGUCAGGCUCGUUGAACCCGACAGGGAAUGUGGACGAAGUGUCCGGGAGCCAGAACGACGAGUUCGAGGAAGGGGAGAUUAAGGAGGCCUUUCGUGCAGAGGAGUAUGAUGAGAUCUACCUAGAGUUGGGACUUCUUUUGUCCUGCGAAAUGCGGCUAAGGGAUGCAAGCGAUAGGGCUCAGAGGAUGCUGCAACGCUAUUUAGUGCGAGACGACCACCUUUUCGUGAGAAGAGAAGUGGGGAAUCCAGGAGAGUUGUUUGCGGUAGGAAUCGUCAGAUCAACGUCUGACUUUACGAAGACAGCCAUGCCAAGAGGAGGGAAGGGGACACGGCCGCCUCAGAGGCCGUUGGGAGCAUCAGGAGGAUAUGAGCGGCAUGGGCCUCGCCAUCGAGACAGUACUCCGGUGUACGACGAUGGGGACAUCGAGCUAUUCCUGGACAACUUUUGGGAUCAUGCGAGGCAUAUGGGCUGGACCGUGGCCCAGGCGAUUGAGAGGCUGAGGGGAGCAGGCAGGUUCGAGGAACCCAUUACCAGGAUUCGUAGGGAGGCGACGAAGAGGCAGGAGGUGGAGACGAGGAUGCAGGAGUUGCGACCUUCGCCUGUGGGACCAGAUGGCAGGCGGAUCCGCCUAGAGAUCGAAAAUGCGGCAAAUUUUAUUCCUGCUUUCGAGUGAUAUUUCUCGGUGGAGAGCAUCGCCUCGGGGCGAGGAGCAUGGAGAGCAGGCAGAGGAGGUGUCACGAGAGGAGGUGCCACAGGAGAGGAGGUGUCACGGGAGGAGGUCCAGGAUACUCAGCAAGAAAGAGGGCUGGGCAAUGAGGGGAGACAUGCGGGGAAGGAAGUGAUAGAGGUUGGAGAGGACACGCCCCCACAGACGCCAGUGGUGGGUUUGAGACUCGGGGAUGCACCAGGGAGCACUCGCCAGGCAGGGGAGAGGUUGCAGAGAGAGGAGGCCCCAUUGCCUUCAUUAGAAAAGGCCCCUUCGCCAGAAGGGAGAGCAGAAAGGAGGAGAGAGAGGACAACUGUAAGGAGAAAAGCCUUGACCCUGAUUGACAGGCACCUAGCAGCUUAUGCACUGGAGCACACCGACCUGGAAGAGCCGGCACCUGCAGAGCCGCGCCAGGAGCCGUGGCAGCCCGAGAAGGAGAUGGAGGCAGAGAUCCCGAAGAGGGUCGACCUCCACACGAGGGAAAGGGCGCCAGCUGGAGAGACAGCAGAGAAAAAAAGGGCGAAAAGAACCAGGAGGAUAGACGAGAUAUGGCAGGAGAGGCAGAGGUUGGAGGUAGCGGGGGAGCUUCCAGAACAGCAGCAGGAGAGGCAUAGAUCGAAGGCAGCAGGAGCACUCCCAGGUCAGCCAUCCAGCGCGCCAGUUAGGACCCCGGAGAUCCCUGAGAUGUGGAAGGACUUCUGAGAGCAAAGAGGAGAGGAGCUUCCCUCGCCAGUCAGAGUCGGGUUUGGGGUGGCCAGGAAGGCGGAAGAGAGGUUAGAUCGCAAAAUCAAGUUCCUGGCCAAGA